CAUUUAUUUGCCCUUUCGUAUCAAAUCUCCCAUGAGGUACCUUAGUAUACGGAAACGUCGGUAUUCUCUGCAAUUUGCCCUCGACAAGCUAUAUGAUCCUAUCUCUCGUCCGUGACACCACUGGCUUUGCCGAUAAGUCAGAGAUACAGCAACAUCACAUUUCCCCGUCCCCCGCUACAACGUCCACCAAGGCUGCAAGCGUUAUAAGUACGCGGAGUAUAUUUCCCACGUCAAAACAGCCACAGAAUCCAGCGAUUGGGAUGCAAGACAUGAGAGAAUCUGCCUCCGAGCCACCUCGAGCGCUCCCAACUUCAAAUGGCGCCGCAGUGAACAGCCAACAGCCUCCACCACACUAUCCCAACUCCCCGCCACGACAACAAAAGAAACGGAUAACAUCCCUUCUCGAAUCCUCCCCCUCGCUCUCCGACGUCGCCGCCGACCUCCACCACCGCGUCCAGUCCUUCCUCCAAGAAUCACAUCCCCCGGAUUCCCUCCUCGCCGCCGUGCAACGACAGGCCCGCAUCUCCCUCGACGUCAUCGCAACAGCGCUAUCCCGCUACAAGCUCUCCGAACUCUCCCUCUCCUACAACGGCGGCAAAGACUGUCUGGUCCUGCUCAUCCUCUUCCUCGCCAGUCUCCACCCGCACCCACCUCCCGAGGAAGGCGGCCUCGCCUAUAUCCCCGCCAUCUAUGCCCUCCCACCCGAUUCUUUCCCCGCCGUCGAGGAGUUCGUCCAGUGGUCCUCGCGCGCCUACCACCUCGCAAUCGUGAGAUUCACCACCGAGCCGCCCCGCACAACCCUCAAGUCAAGCUUCGAGCACUACCUCUCCCUCAACCCGUCCAUCAAGGCCAUCUUCGUCGGCACCCGGCGCACUGACCCGCACGGGGCCAAUCUGACCCAUUUCGAUCCUACCGACAGCGGAUGGCCUGAUUUCAUGCGCAUUCACCCUGUCAUUGACUGGCACUACGCGGAGAUCUGGGCUUUCAUUCGUCACUUGGGGCUUAAGUAUUGCUCUCUCUAUGACCAAGGUUACACUAGCCUAGGAGGCACUUCAGAUACCCACCCGAAUCCCAAGUUGCGUGUGGAACACGACGCCGAUUCAGAUCAAGGCGCUGCAGACGGUACACAAUCUCAGCACUACCGACCAGCCUACGAGUUGACCGAGGACCAGGAGGAGAGGCUGGGACGCAGCAAAUAGCGGCAAUUCGACUGCCUGGCGCCAUCUGUAGUCCAUUCCGGCCCCGUUGUGUAUAGCGAGACCUCAACAGCCCUUUCUCUAUUUCGCAAUCUCGUCUCUAACCCCUUCUUACCACCCCCUCCCCCACAGAACCCGGACGUUGAGCGGUUGAACUUUUGAUUUAUGUUCGUCGCAGAGCUAUAGACUGUGCAUAUAACCUUGCAUGAUUUUCGAAGAUGUUCCAAUGGCAUGGAACUUGACUAGGGCCGUUAUCAUUUUUAGACUAGGUCCUUGUCUGCUGAACGAGACGACAAGCGAGCCUGCACUUUUGGACAAAUAAAUUC